AUGAGUGCAUCCUGGCAGCACAUCGAGGGCGAGAUCGUAAUCAAUGCUCAGCUGCACGCAAAGCCGGGUCAGGGUGAUACGCUCGCGUCGUGGAUCGAGAAGAUGAAGGCCUGGGCGAAGGAGAACGAGCCUGGCACGCUCGAGUACACGUUUGCCCGCGAUGCCCCUGACGGUGAUGUCUUCGCUACAUGGGAGAGAUUUAGAGACGGCGACGCGUUGAAGGCGCAUAUGACCUCAGACAUCAUGAACGAGUUCAAGACGCAGAAUCUGCUCGCCAAGCCCCCCACACCCUUGUUCUAUCAUGGCAACAUCAAGGGACUUGAGAAGUGA